GACGCUGCCCCAUCCCAGUCAGUCGUAUCCCGGGGGAUACGGCGGCAGUCCUCCCUCCCAACCACAGCCCAUCGCGCAUACCCCGUGCCAUCUGAUCGGCUCGCCCCCCGGGAUGACGAUGGCGCCCAGUGGUCAGUCUCAAGAAGGAGAGAAAGUUAGCGUCUAUUUAUGUAACAGGGAACUCUGGACCAAAUUCCACGCCCAUACCACCGAGAUGAUUAUUACCAAACAGGGCAGGCGGAUGUUUCCGACGCUGCAGUUCAGCCUGAUAGGACUGUGUCCGUCGAAACAUUAUAAUGUUUUCGUGGACAUGAUUCUCGCUGAUUCCCACCACUGGAAGUUCCAGGGCGGUAAAUGGGUGGCCAGUGGACAAGCCGAGCCCCUUCCACAAACUGGACGUGUUUAUUUGCACCCUGACUCUCCGAGCUCUGGCGCUCAUUGGAUGAAACAAGUUAUUGUCUUCAGCAAACUCAAGCUAACGAACAACAAAAACAACUCCCAGGGCCUCAUUGUGUUGAAUUCCAUGCAUAAAUACCAGCCUCGUAUCCAUGUGAUUGAGGUGGGCACGUGCGGUCUGAAUGACCAGAAGAACCUCCAGACAUAUGCGUUUCCGGAAACACAGUUUAUUUCCGUCACAGCUUAUCAGAACACUGACAUCACCCAACUCAAGAUUGACCAUAACCCAUUCGCGAAAGGGUUCCGUGAAAAUUAUGAAGGGAGAUGUUUCGAGGGUUUUCCGUCACCAGAUAAAUAUCCAUUGGUAAUGCAGAAUCCUCUGGUCUGCGGACCUGGUAUCAACGGUACCGGAAAUCAUAUGUUACAAGUCGCCAAACAUAAUCCGCACCACCCUGAUCAGUUCUCAAACGGAAGAAUGGCUUUCCAGUCUGCUCAACAUCCAGCCGAUUCUACUGGAAACGGAAGUUACAACCAAGUUUCAGCACCGGAUGUAAACACCACUGACGGCAAUUUAUACUACAGUUCCACGCCAAAUACAAGCUUAAAGCGGACACGAUAUGACAUGGAAAACGCUUGCAUCGAACGGCACAGAACAGAAGGCAUUAAAGAAGAGCCGGUUAAUGACAGGACAACCGUACCACUCGAACAGAGCAUCAAGAGCGAGUCUUACGAAGUCCCUAACGGUCAUUGCUUGCCCGAAGACAGACAGGCAGAGGAAGACAAGGGAUACAAGCUACCAAAGAAAAGGAUGAGAAUCUCAUCUGAUGAACAAGACGGACGUUUUUUGUCUGGGUCGACGACGGAAGUCUUGCAUGAACAAGGAAAUGUUUCGCCACCCACUGAUAAGUAUAACCGGCACUACGCUGAUUCUCAAAGAGGACUUUGUGUGAACGGCGGUAAUUACGGACAAUUCGUCCAGUGUACGGACGUGAAAGUAGAACAAUUCAAUGGUUACUAUCACGCGCCACUGUUCCAGGAACUGCAGAGACAGGACAAUUCGGCGGUGUACUAAAAUCAACGAAUUAGUUGAAAUCAAACACACUACACUAACUGUAGUUUUAGUCAAAUCAGUUCAAUGAAAUUAAAUUAUUAUUCUAUUUAAAACGAUCAAAUAGUUAUAUCUAAAAUUAACUUAUCAAUUGUAUUA